GGCUUCUCCUUCUUGAGGCUCACUUUAGCAUUGACCGAACGAUGCGAUCCUUCUUCACUGUAGUGGCAGCGGCGUUUACCGCCGUUGUAUCGGCUUCCGACGUGGUGACGUUGACCCCUGACAAUUUCAAGUCUGUGGUCGAUGGAUCGAAGAAUGUCUUCGUGGAAUUCUACGCGCCAUGGUGCGGUCAUUGCAAGAACUUGGAACCGAUUUGGGAAACUUUGGCGACUUCGUUCAAGCAUGUCGAUGACGUCGUGAUUGCCAAAGUGGAUGCCGACCAACACAAAGACUUGAGCACGGAAUGGGAAGUGAAUGGGUUCCCCACGCUCAAGUUCUGGAACAAGGGCGCCAAGUACCCGGACCCGUACGACGGUGGGCGCACUGAAGAUGAAUUGGUCGCAUUCGUUAACAAGGCCGCGGGCACGAAUGUUCGUGCCGCCAAGCCGUUCUCCCACGUUGUGGCCUUGACGGAAUCGGACUUUGCGUCCAUCGCCCAAGACCCAACGAAGCACGUGCUUGUGGAAUUCUACGCGCCGUGGUGCGGCCACUGCAAGUCGUUGGCGCCCAUCUGGGACAAACUCGGCGCUGUGUACGCCGGCGACGAGAAUGUGGUGAUUGCCAAGGUGGAUGCGACUGCCACCGGUGACUUGGCCAAUAAGUUUGGUGUGUCGGGCUACCCCACGAUCAAAUACUUCGGCACCGGCGCGUCCGACGCCGAAGACUACGGCUUUGGCCGCGACUUGCCCGCCUUUGUCGAGUUUUUGAACGAAAAGGCCGGCACGCACCGCACGGUGGACGGCGGCUUGUUGCCGACGGCUGGCCGCGUCGAAUCGUUGGACGUGGUGAUCAACGCCGCGGGUGAAUUCACCAAGGACACGUUGAACAACGUCGAGAAGGUCGUGGAAGGACUCGAAGGCGAUGCGUUGAAGCACGGAAACCUGUACGUGAAGGCGUUGAAGAAGGUGCUGGCCAAGGGCGUGACGUUCGUGGACAAGGAAAUCGCGCGCUUGGACCAUUUGGCCAAGGACGCGAACGUGUCGCCGGCGAAGAAGACCCAAUUCCAAGUGCGCAAGAACAUCUUGGAAGCGCUCAAGAAGAAACAAUAAACAAAUAACACUGAGGGGGAUUCUUGAGAAUGAAUGCCAACAUACCCUAUCGCAACAUGACAGUCAGACAUUGGUACCUUUGACACAGGUUGG